AUGAAUGUGACAAAUAAGCCAAACCCAGAUGGUUCCACCAAUGGGUUUCAGUCUCAGCUUCAGCAACAACACAGUAAUGGUUGGGAGGGAUCAUCUACACCCACACCCACUACGUCUUAUCCUGCACCAACUGCUAGCUACCAGGACAUUGUUCGUGAUGCAAACCUCUUCUGGGAAAAGCUUCAAGCUUUUCACCAAUCACUCGGCACAAAAUUUAAGGUUGUUAUUGUGGGAGGAAAGUCACUUGAUCUACAUCGCCUUUUUGUGGAAGUUACAUCUCGUGGUGGGAUUGAAAAGGUGAUUGUUGACCGUAAGUGGAAGGAAGUAAUUCUGACCUUCAAUUUCAAAGAUACCAUAACUAGUGCAUCAUUUGUGGUGCGCAAAUCCUAUCUAUCGAUGCUUUAUCACUUUGAACAAGUGUAUUAUUUUGGGAGGCAAGGCUUUCCUCCCCAAACACCUGAUAUUAUGAUUAGAGGCCAAACAGGCCUUCCCAAUAGCUCCACAACCAUUCUGGAAGUUGCUGCUGUGAAUGAUUCACCUGUUCAGGGUACUCCAGUGCAGGGAUAUGAUGCUGUGCUUUCUGGAACAAUUGAUGUGAAAUUUGAUGGUGGAUAUGUAGUCACAGUGACUGUGGGUUCUGAGGAGCUGAAAGGUGUUCUGUUUCAUGUUCCUGAUAACAUGUCCCAGAGUUCUCAUGCCGAAGGUAUGGCUAGAUCACGGAAUCAUGGUGAAGGCACAUCUGGUUCGCAGAGUCGGAAGAGAGCAAAAUAUACACCACGUGAUCCGUUUCGGCCAAAGUCAAACAGGAGCGGUUACAACUUUUUCUUUGCUGAGAAUUAUGCAAGGCUGAAGCCCUCUUAUCAUGGGCAAGAGAGAGCAAUUAGUAAGAGGAUUGGGUUUCUGUGGAACAAUCUGUCAGAAGCAGAAAGACAGGUUUAUCAAGAAAAAGGGGUGAAAGAUAAGGAAAGAUACAGAACUGAACUGAUGGAGUACAAAUCCAACAAUUCAACUCCAAAUGCUCAAUAG